AUGUCACAAACCACAUCUGAAAAGAAGGUCUCUAACCUAAUACAUUCUCUGUUCUCUACGCAAAUGAAUGACAAGGUGAAGGACAGCCUAGAAAACAUCAAAAUACAAAUGGUGCAAGAUAAUGAAGAGGAAACACAAGCAGCGAUGAUAAUUGUGAUGCCAAUAAAAGUGUUGGACAUCAUACACCAGAAUUUUACCUCAUUCAAGAAGAAUCUGGCUAAUAUAUUCAAGAAUUAUAAUAUUUUCUGUGUUAGAGAACCAAUAUACAAUAGGCUCUCAAAGGGUAUUAAUAGGAAUGUGCAGGAAAGAUGGAUUUUUGAUCUUUGUUACCCAGCUGAAGUACAAUGCAGGAUGACCGAGGUAAAAAAUGGAGGAACAGUGCAAAUUGAGAAGGUGAUGCUUGAAAGAAAGUGUGAUUUUCUGCAGGAUGAUUUCAAAAACAUGGAAAAUGCGUAUAAGACGUUGACAGACAGAACAGUCAUAUAUGCACUGAGGCAUUACUGAUUAAAAUUUGGUUUUUAAGCAAA